AUGCCUCUCACAAAGGAUCUCCUUCAUUCCUUUCCAGAAGAGAAGAGGAAACAAAAGAAAAAGCGCCUGGUGCAGAGCCCCAAUUCCUACUCUAUGGAUGUGAAAUGCCCAGGAUGCUAUAAAAUCACCACGGUUUUUAGCCAUGCACAAAUGGGAGUCUUGUGUGUUGGCUGCUCCACUGUCCUCUGUCAGCCUACAGGUGGAAAAACAAGGUUGACAGAGGGAUGCUUCUUCAGGAGUAGGCAGCACUGA